CUUAAGUGUAUGCAGGAUUGCAGGUGACAUAAAAAUUAUGUACCACCUGGACUUAUAAAUGCGACUUAUAAUUACAUUUCUAUAAAUAUGGACCAUAAUACUUAGCAUGAAGAACUAUCGAUCUUAAAAAUCAAAAGAGUGAAAGAUUCAAUUAAAUUUAAAUUGAACACUGAAAUUUUUUAUCUUUUAAUAAAAAAUUUAUUCAACUUCUGCCAAAUAAUCAACUUCCUCAUAUUUUGAAAGAAAUUAAAGAAAAAUAGUCAACGAGAAAAAAUAUGUCGACUGAUUCAAUUGAUUUGAAGACGUUAACUCUCCAAGUUUAUACUGAGAACAAGGUUAUUUUAGAUACACUUAAAAAUACAACUGUAAAUAGUAAAGUGCCAAAAGCGAACGAAUUUUUGCAGGAUCAAAAUUCAAAAGAUAAUAAAAUAAAGCGACCUCCGAAUUCAUAUAUAAUUUUUUCAGUACUACUUAAUAAAUAUGGCUUAUUAGAUAUCAUCAGAAAAUUCUGUGAUAAUCAUAAAAUUAAUAAACAAAAAUUAGUUCCAAUAUCGAAGAUAAUUAGUAAAAACUUAUGGAAUGAAUUAUCAAUCGAACAUAAGAACAUUUAUUCUAAUUUAGCCGUUGAAGUUGAAAAAGAACAUAAAAAGUUAUAUCCGGAUUACAAUUACCAACCAAUGAGAAAAAAAAUCAAAUCAGUACAUUAUAAACAUUAUGAACAUAUUAAAUCUAAAAUAAAACCGGCUGAUCAUGUCUCUUCUUAUAUGAAUAAUACACCUGCACAUAUGCCUGUUACUUCUCAAGUUGUAAAUGACGAGUUUGAACAAAAAGAUGAUGAUAUUUAUGAUAGUUAUGAUGAUAGUUACGAUGAAAGUAGUUACGGAGGUAGUUAUGUUAGCUAUACAGACUGUGAAGACUUGAAUUCAUUUGAUGAUGACCUUCCAACAUUUUCAACGCACACAAAACUUUCAACUUUAUCCAAUAGUACUUACUAUGAAAUGCAAGAUGAAUCAUAUAGUAACUUCUCCACAUCAUUCAAUCAUCCACAACAAACUAAUAAUUUUAAGUCUUCUUUCAAUGAUAUUAACAAUCCAGAUUGGCUUGUUAUUUAUGUGGACAACUGGGACACGUCGUAAGGAAUUGUCCAAAUCGGAAUGUUGAUGCGACGCUUUUUGCAAACAAUAGCAGCAACAAUCGUCCUACGCCUCAAGUAACUAAUACUACCGAAUAUCAGUU